AUGAUUAUCUCUCCAGCAAAGCAUCGUGAAACCAUUGCGUCGUCUCCGGUAAUCCUCCCUGAUGAACUCAUCACUGAAGUUCUGUCUUUUCUCAAUGCGAAAUCACUUAUGCAGCUCAAGUGUGUGAGCAAGUCUUGGAACUCGCUCAUCUCCGAUCCAUCCUUCGUCAAAUUGCACCUCCUUAGAUCUUCACGAAAUCCAAACAUAAUUCUUUUUCCGGCAACCUUUGUGACCACGUGUAGAAUUUCCCUACACAAUCCAUUCGUCAUACUACGCGGUUUGCUCGAGAAUUCCCCCAUCAGUCUCAUCUCCAUAGAUUCUAAAUCAAUGAUUAUGGGACGGAGGUGUCACAUUAUUGGUAAUUGCAAUGGAUUGACCUGUUUCGUCAAUUCUCCCUUCGAAAACAAUUCUCCCUUCGAAGUCAAUUCUCCCCACGAGACUGAAUUCUAUCUAUGGAACCCCUCAAUCAGGUGGUUGUCUCAAAAACUAGCCUCUUUUCACCAUUCUCACCAGGAUCUUAAUUCUUUGUUCAAAUUCUCAUUUGGUUAUGAUAAUUUAACCGACAAAUAUAAGGUGGUGGCCAUCCAUCCCAAUGAAGUCAGAGUUCUCACUUUGAGUGAUAAUGUAUGGAGAAAUAUUCAAAGUUUUCCCACGUAUCCUUACAAGUAUAGUUGGGACCAUGAGAAUGUUGGUGUCUAUUUGAAUAAUAGUCUUAAUUGGUUUGCCCUUAGAGAUACCCAUCUUUAUUAUCGUUAUCAUUGUACGGAUCUUAGUGUUCAACAAUUUAUGAUUAUCUCACUUGAUUUGGGAGUAGAGACCUACACACAGUUUCGGUUCCCUCAGAGUUUUGAUGAAGUGCCAGUUGUUGCUCCAAUUAUUUGCACGUUGAGAGAAUGUCUUUGUUUUUCUCACUAUUCCACGGAGUGUAAUUUUGUUAUAUGGCAGAUGAAGGAAUUUGGAGUAGAAGAAUCUUGGACGAAAUUGCUUAAAUUUGAUUAUCAGAAUGUACUUGAUAGUGAUUCAUAUAGAGUUGUUAAUUUGUUGCCAUUACAUCUUUUUGAGAAUGGAGAUAUGCUGAUAUCGGCUCACAAUCUUAAACGACUAAUUUGCUAUAGUAGCAGAGAAAAUAGAGUAGUAAGGCAAGCUAUAGUUACAAAUAGGAUAAGCAUGCCUUGGCCUAAUGUCUCCCAAUACGUGGAAAGUUUGCUUUCAACGUGUUGA